GCCGCAAAGCCCCGUCCUCCAGGGCUUUUUAAACACCGUGUUUGCUUCACGCUCCAACAAUAUCAUCCAAUUGAAGAGCCGCAGCGCUAAAAGCACUGAACCGACGGUCAACGUGGGAACAGCGCCGACGAGCACAAACCGUUAUGUUUUAAGAAAGACAACGACGGCGUAAACCAAAUUGAAGAAGAUAUUGUGUUGCGGGUCAACGAAUUUAACCCCCAAUCUGCCGUGUCGGGGGGGGGUAGGCAGUAUCAACAACGGGGCGUCUCGGUGAAAUGAGAGCGGACCGGGUCGGUGACCGUUAUUCCGUUGUUUUCAAUGCGGUUGGGGCUAGCUCGGUACGGCCGCGUUGAUGCAGCAGCGCACGGCUGUGGUGUUCAAAUCCACCACCGGAUCUGGGAAGACAAUAGGUGAAAUACACGCCGGCCUGGACUCCCAAGACAACACUAAACGAGAGUCUGCAUCCGCUUUGGCUUCACUAGUGUCUGCGUGAGGAAUCGGUUUAGAGAGUGAAGUGACAGCCAGCCGGUAGCUGGAUCAGGAUGGCGGCUGUAGUGAACUAUUCUCCGCCCUGGUGGGUGAAUCUGCUCCACCGGUUGCCUCAUUUCAACAUCGAAUUUCAGGUUGUGAGCAGUGACUUCAGACCGGAGGACUCUGAGUACCAGAAGUCCAUUUUGCUGCUCGGGUCUGUGGCGUUGCUGUGUUUAGGCCUCGACCUCCUCUUCCUCCUCUUCUACUCAUUCUGGCUUUGCUGCCGGCGACGCAAGAGGGACGACUCCUCGCACUCCCAUACGCACUCCCAGCAGCCCAGCCCUGACUGCUGCUGCACCGCCUGGUGCGUCAUCAUCGCCACGCUCGUGUGCAGCGCUGGCAUCGCUGUAGGAUUCUACGGAAAUGGGGAGUCGAGUGAUGGAGCCAAUCGUUUGGCAUACUCCCUCCGUCAUGCCAACCGCACCGUGUCCGGAGUGGAGAAACUGGUGUCAGACAGCGCCCUAGCCUUAAACCAGACCGUGGAGGAGAGCUUGGUGCAGUUGGAGACAGCCUUCCAGGAGCAGACAGACUACGUGUCCAUCGUCCAAAAGCUGCAGGGACAGCUGGACGAGCUGGUGAGGCUGAUGGUGGAGGUUCCCUUCUGGUCCAAUACUGACAUUUCCCUGGAGGAUUUGGCCCGCAAGACGGAGGCGUUUGAUUUUUACAGGUGGCUGGGGUAUCUCGGCCUGCUGCUGUUCGAUGUACUCAUCUGCCUUCUGGUGCUCUUCGGCCUGAUACGCAACUCAAGAGGCACUCUGAUUGGAGUGUGUCUGCUGGGUGUCUUGACUCUGAUCAUCAGCUGGGGGUCUCUCGGGCUGGAACUGGCUGUCGCCGCUUCAGCCAGCGACUUCUGCGUCUCCCCGGAUACCUACAUCACCAGGGUAACCAAGGAAAACGCUGUCAUCGACCAAGAUAUCCUGCAGUAUUACCUGAGGUGCAGCCCUGGACAAAUCAACCCCUUCCAGCAGAGGCUGUCAGGGAGUCACAAAGCAUUGGUGGAGAUGCAGGAUGAUGUGGCAGAGCUACUGAGAUCAGCAACACGUGACUAUGCCAACACCAAGGGGAGUCUCGAGCAAAUCCAGUCUGUGCUGAAUUCCACUGAGGUUGGUCUUCACCAGCUGACUGCUCUGGUCGACUGUCGCAGCCUACACAUGGACUACGUUCAGGCGUUGACUGGCCUGUGUUAUGACGGGGUGGAGGGUGUCAUCUACCUGGUUCUCUUCUCUUUUGUCACUGCUCUGAUGUUCUCCUCAAUUGUGUGCAGUGUGCCACAUACCUGGCCUGGCAAGAGGACGGAUGAGGAAGACGGAGAGGACGAGUCGGGCGCCUCACGGGGCGGUGUGCACGAUAACCUGUACCGCGUUCACAUGCCCAGUCUCUACAGCUGUGGCUCCAGCUACGGUAGCGAAGCUAGCCUGCCCGCUACAGCCCACACUGUCAGCAAUGCCCCCGUCACUGAAUACAUGAGCCAGAACGCAAACUUUCAGAACCCUCGGUGUGAGAACACCCCCCUGAUUGGCAGGGAGUCCCCUCCACCCUCUUACACCUCCAGUAUGAGAGCAAAGUACCUGGCCACCAACCGACCCGAACAGAACCGCCGCUCCGUUCCCAACGACCAACUGGACCCUGGUAGCCGGCCUCACCCCACUGCCCGACCACAGUCUUCAGUCCACUAGAGACCAGAACCGCACCUCUUCCACCCCAGUACUGCCGAAAUCCAGUUUUCACAGCCAAUAACGAGAUCCAACUCAGCGUUCGCCGAGCUCAAGCAGAGCGGAGCGUUUAAACACCCCGGUUUGGCAACAUCCGCCGAAUUUACCCGAGCUGCUUGUUCCACCACUGCUGUGAUGGAUCAGCCCCACAUACUACCCACAAUGCACAGCUACUCAAGCGCCUUGGCAGUUUCUUCCACUUUUCAAUUCUCUCCCCUUCCACUGGGAUCCGUUCACUGCCCUCCAGUGGAGACAACUCAUCACCACUCAAUCCCCUCAAAACACUUCAGAACACACACACACACACACACACACACACACACAUACACACACACACACACACACACACACACACACACACUGUACAGACCUGUAAAUAGUAAACGUGUGCUUUACUCUAUGAGAAGUAGACUGUUCAUCAUUACUGGUAAUGUGGUGUGCUGCGUGUUUAUCAUGGAAACAUUUGCUGUAACACACACACACACACACACGCGCACACACACACACACACACACACACACACACACACACACACACAUAUUGAUACAUAAAUAGAAGGACACAUCUGUAUAAAUAAUAAGCCAGUGAAUUAGAAAGCCAUGUUUAGAUAGAAACAGUACCACCACAUCCUCUUUAGCGUAACAUUGUCGUCUAACUAAGACUUGAAUCAUGAGCUUGAACAGUGUGUCCACAUCUCUCUGCGUGUACAUGCAGCACACGUGUUGAUUAAUGCAUUCUGAACACGAGCCAGGAGUCCCGUCGUGGAAUAACUGUUUUGAAUUUUGAGAAUUGGAGUGACAGACGAGGGACAUAAGAAGGCUCAACCUGUGCCAAAAAACUCUGAAUAAUGAGGGAUGCCUUCUUUGUGUUCUCUUCUUCUACUGCCUCCAUUCGUCUCAAAAAAAGGGGGAAAAGCUCAUGUGGACUGUUUCCCCUCGGACUGUAAAUAAAAAAGGGAACGGGAAAGACACUUGAAAAAGGAAAACGAUGGACAGAAAUGGAAUAAGACUCACGUAAAAAAAAAAAAUUGCGACUACACAUUUGCCAGGUGCUAUGUAACCAGUCACGGUCCCAGGAGACGAUCAGGACCGAGGAGGGACGGAAACGUUUUGUUUUAUUACUUUAAUGUUUUGUUUUCAUUCAGGGAUGUGAUCAGGAAUUUAAAAAGCAGUAAAAAUAAAGCAGCUUUCCAUCAUUACUGAAUGGAAGUUAUGUCCCGAAUCCUGAGAAACCCCCAUGUCCCUGAUAAUUAAUGUUACUUAAAAGUGUUACAAAAUGAAGGAAAGUGGGUAUUUUUUAAAAAUGUUUUAUCAAAAACUGAAUUCAGGAGGUGAUACUGUGACCAAGUAGUAUUCUGUUUCUUCUAUAUGUUUUUGUUUUCUUUCUUCCUAUGCUUUUCUGUUUAAGCUUGAGUUAACUGGUGACCUUGUAUCGACCUUUAGCCACCUGUAGUCUUUCUGUCAUUUUUAUUUUUUUUUACCCGCAAGCACAAAUUCUCUUCAAGGUGACUUUGCGAGCUGGAGAAGUGAAACGCACUGCCAGUGGUUUUUUCCUCCCGCUCUAAAACUCUCUGUACAGUGUAUAAAAACUGUAUUUGUGAACCUGUGUGUGUGACAUCACUGCUGCGUGAUUGGCUAUCGCUCUAUUCUCAGUGUUACUGUGUGUAAGUACAGUGAUCAGUGUGUCUGACUGGCAUCAGCCUAUCUAGCCUGAGUCAUUUCUACACAGACGCCGCGCAUGCCCUCAUAUACACACACACACACACACACAUGCUGUAGAGACAUACGCAUUCAAUACACACACACACACACACACACACACACACAACAGUUUCUUAUAAUAAAAACAAAUCCAUCUCUCCCUACUUUUGGCCAGUUGACAUUCACACCUAGAGCUGUAGUACCUGCACGCCCUCCCACAGCUGUGACAUCACACUGAUUUGCAUUAUGGGUGAUGUAGUAGGAAGUAACCGCAUUUCAGAGAAACCUGGAAUCUAGUGAUUAGCUGAGUGAGCAGAGCCCUAACAUUCAAACACCUUUCAACCACCAUUCCUGUACAGCAUUUUAAUAUUUUAUUAUUAAUCAAUGACCACUUCUCGUCGUAGCGAGACAAUCUUACAUGUGUGAUUUUACUAGGAAGAAAAUGUCCAUGUUAUGGUAACAAUGCUACCUAUGGUCUAGUACUUUACAGUGUUUUUUGCACCAUAAAUGCAAACAAUGUUAAGAUCUGUGGACUAGUCACUGAUUAAUGGCCUUUCAUAAUGUUUUUAAACUCUUACAACACUCUUCAUAUCACAACAUUUUUUUUAUUUUUCUCUGUCUUGUAAAAAAUCAAACUUUAAAGAUAAAUAAUAGCUAGCUGUUUUGUAGGAGAAUAAAGGCAAGAGCAGCAUUGUUCCUCUCUUAUUAAUGGUGAAUGACUCUCUGUCUUGCAAUGUUUUAUUAAGACUAUUCCCGUGUAAUCUGCAUUCCUGACUUAAAGUUGUAUUUGAAUUCCUGUGCAAUGCUUUCUGGGAUUUAACCAGCCUGAGACCCACGCUCAUGUUUAAGAGUCAGCAGUGUUUGUGUGUGUACGUGGUAUUUACAGGACUUCAAGUACACCUGCCGUCCGGACGUGACAGACAAACAAUGUUUUCUAUGGCUGUUUUUAUUUUCUGAUGGUUUAACUAAGAUAUUAAUGAUGUACAUGUCAAAACUGUGGUAAUGAUAUCAUUCAGCCUGGAAUAAAUGUUUUAAAAAAAGAAAUUAAAGCAACUUUAACGUACUGAUCGA